GGAAGAGCUCAGGGGAGGCAAUGCCAGUGCCCACCUCAUGCCCUGCUUUGACUAGGGAUGCCAGUGCAUCAGCUGGCCAGGGUGACAGGAACUGUGAGUCUUCCUCUGUGUGCCCUGGGGAAAGAGCGCUGAAGUCACAGAAGCCCAGAAUCCCUGAGGCUGGAAAAGCUCUGAAGGAUCAUCGAGUCCAAGCUGUGCCCGAUGCCCACCUUGUCCCCAGCCCAGAGCUCUGAGUGCCACCUCCAGUCCUUCCUUGGACGCCUCCAGGGAUGGGCACUCCAAACCUCCCUGGGCAGCCCCUUCUAAUGCCUGACCGCCCUUUCCAUGGAGAAGUCUUUCCUCAGAGUCCAGGCAGAGCUCAGCAAGGCUGUGCCCCCUGCUCACCUCUGGCCAGGACCCCCCUGACCUGCUAUGGGUCUCUAAGCCCAGGCGAUUUUCCUAAAGAGAAAGGAGAGCUGUGACAGUGGCACAGCCCUUGAGAAACUCUGGCUCUGUGCAAACACCUUUGAAACCCAGAACUUCUUUUCCAUCCCAAAUUUGCAGCAGCCUGGAGGGAUUUAACCCCUUGUUUUGCUGCUCCAUCUCAACCCCAUGUGCAGGCAGGAGAGGGAGAAUGUGGGGAGAGAAUCUGAUUCACUGUGCAAAGCCCCAGCUGGGAGAAGGAGUUUGAUUUACCAAGGCCAGAGGUAGUAAAGAGCUUGGACAGGAAUUUGCACAAAACCUUUGACACACAAGACAUUUCCCUUUCAGGCCAAGACAAACAAAGGAAGGAAGUGUCUGGGACUUUUAAAGCGACCUAGUGGAGACAGGGCUACAAUCCCCCGUUACACCCAGACAUACCACGUGUCCUGCAUUUUACCUGCUUUUUUUUUGCCACUUCCACUGGUUUCUGUCACCUGCCAACACCUCAGUGGUCAGCAAUGGCUUCCUGGAGAGAGCUUCCCUACUUAAGGCUCAGUCCCUAGCUUACAGACUGUCCUGCCCAGGAUCUGUUGCUGAGUGGAAGAAGUGUAGCCAAGCCAUCAUUCCUCGACAGUGACAUGUUGCCUGCAGCAAAACUGAGCAAGGAGCAGCUGAAGGACAAGCUGGAUGCCCUUCAGUGUCACUUCACCUGGAUGUUGGGUGUUGAAUCUUGCAGUCCUCUGCAUCUCCUGCAGAAGUUGGAUGUUGAGAUCAAGCACACAGCCCACCAGAACCAGCUGGCCCUCCUGGGGCUUCAGGCAUACCUGCACCAACUGAAUAACCAGAGCAAGGAAGCUCUGCAGAGCCUCAGAGCUGCUGAGGAACACAAGGAAGAGGAGCAGCUGGCAUCUACUGCUGGCUCUUUGAUCACCUACGGGAAUUAUGCUUGGAUUCACUACCUUCAGGGUUCCUAUCAGGAGGCUGAAACCUGCCUGGAACAAGUUCAGCAGCUCUGCCCAACUCCUUGGGAUGUGCGGCUGAUCCCGCACAUCCAGGCUCAGAAAGGCUGGUCCCUCCUGGCUCUCAGAGCCCGAAAUGGGGAACGGGCAAGAGAAUGCUUCAACGUGGCCUUGAUGAUUGAACCACAGAACAGAUCUUUCCGUACUGGGCUUGCAAUGGCUUUUUAUUCCUCCUGGAAUUUCUCCUGGCAACCUGAUGUUGAAAGAGAAGUCAGAAACCAGUUGGAAAGAAUUGUUGACGAGCAGCCAAAUAACUACAGAGCCAAAAUAUAUUUGGCCAGGCUACUUGAAGAAGUAGAUAGGGAAAAGUCAAUUGGCUUGGCCGAAGAAUGUGCAGAGAAAAGCUCUGACCCAGAGGUCCUCAAACUAUCAGCUUUGUUCUGGAUGCCACAGUCGACCGAGCGAGCGCUUGAGAUCAUCCAGCGAGCCCUGCAGCAGGACCCAGGUUACCAUCUUCUCUACCAGGCCUUGGCCAACUGCUACAAGCAACAGUGGGUUAAAGCAAAGGAGGAAGACAAGGAUAAGAUACGGUGUAAAGCCAUCAAGGACCUCCAGAAAAUUGUGCAGACACAUCCAGACCUUGACCUUACACUUGCCAAGCUUCAGUUGGCAGAGUUCAUUGGUGCAAAAAACUCAGCACAGGAAAAAGAGAUCUACAUGGAACUGCAGGGGAAAAUCAACACCCUGAGCCUCAGAUGCCGUCAAGCCCUGAGUCUCUCCUGGGGAAAGUACUUCCUCUACCGAGAGAGAUCCCAGAAGAAGGCAAAAGCCAAGUUCAUGGAAUGUUAUAACAUUCCCUUGCAGACAGAUCACAGGCGGGACUGUGGGCGCAGACUGGUGAAGAUGGCUCACAUCUACCAGAGCAAGGGUGACACCGACACUGCCAGCGCCAUCCACCGCUUCCUCCAAGAGGCCGACCGGCACUGCCCAAGGAACCUGCUGCACUAGGUUUAGAUGAUGAGGAUCAGCCCACAGAGUAGGGCAUGACUUUUGCCAAGGCUAGAAGGCCAAAAGGACUGUCUGGCUCUGCAAAGCAGGCCCAUCCCUCACAUGGACCUGGUGGUUCUGUCAGCUCCUCACGUUGUCCCAUUGCUCAGCCGUCAAAUCCAGGCCCACUCGUGGGUAACUCAAGUGCCCAAAGCUUACACACGCUGCUGUGUCCUGCUUCUCCCAGAGGGAAUGAAAACAAGAGUGAAGAAUUUGUCUUACAGGAUCCGGGCACAAUCUUCUAUAGGUGUGGACUUGUGUCUCUCCCUUGGAGCUGCCAUUGACCAGAACCAAAUGCUGAUUAGGGCAAUGUGAGAAAUCAACUUGUUAAUUAUAAGAAUUCUACCAUUUACAAUGAACGAGGAGGUGAAUUCCUCCACAAGACCAGUGAGGAGCCAUGAUGAAGGUGAAGUCUUUCUACACAGGACACAGAUGGUCACUGGCCUGUCCAAAUGCAUUAAAUUAUGCUGAUUAAGGAGCCCACAGGGGUGAUUUUAUCUGCAUUAAUCCUCAGAAGCCCACACAUGCCUGCCCCUGCCUGGAUAUAAACCAGCUUUCUUGUACUGGUUCCCACCAAGAAUGACAUUUUCAUCCCUGUUUCUGAAGCCAAAAUGAGGCUUUUAAAAAUCUUUGCUUAAUAAAUAUU